GGUUGGGAUCAGACCAAUCAAGGAACAAGAUAAGCCUGUGGGGGUGGUGCCAGGCCAGGCUUUCCCGCUGUCCCGGGUCCUGGAGCUCUCCAGGCCCGGCACAUCUGUCAUUGCUCCGGUUCCUCUUCACGCGGGCCACCGCGUGUGUGUAGGAUUGUCAAGAGGCUGGGGUAAGACUGAGGCUAUUGAGCUCCAAGGUUCUGCGCUCCGGGCAAGGGUCCUGCUGGGGCUCAGGCGAGCUCAGCUCCCAGGUCAAGCGGGUGCCAGAGCACUGCCGUCUCUCCAGCAGCUCUGCGGACUCCGUGCUCACCCUGCCCUGGCCGUAUCUGAGUUUGAACAUGGUACAAAAAUACCAGUCUCCUGUCCGAGUAUACAAGUAUCCAUUCGAGCUAGUCAUGGUGGCCUACGAGAGGCGUUUCCCCACCUGCCCGCUCAUCCCAGUCUUCCUGGGCAGUGAAGUCCUGGGCGAGUGGCGCAGUGCGGAUGGGGCGGUGCACACGGUGGAGCGGAGCUGCCGGCUGCGGGUGGACGCCCCUCGGCUGCUGCGGAAGAUUGCUGGUGUGGAGCAUGUGGUCUUCGUUCAGAGAAACGUCCUGAACUGGAGAGAGAGGACGCUGCUGAUAGAUGCGCACAACGAGACCUUUGCAAGCCGGGUGACGGUGAAGGAGAACUGCAGCUACUCAGUCCAUCCUGAGAAUGAAGACUGGACUUGCUUUGAACAGUCCGCCUCCCUGGAUGUCCGCUCCUUCUUUGGCUUUGAAAGCACCUUGGAGAAGAUCGCCAUGAAGCAAUAUACUGCCAAUGUCAAGAGGGGGAAGGAGGUGAUUGAGCACUACCUGAAUGAGCUCAUUUCCCAGGGAACAUCCCACAUUCCUCGCUGGACACCAGCCGCAGUGCCGGAGAAGGAUGCCCGAAGCCAGGCUGUGCCCCGGUGCCCCGGCUCCCUGCAGACAGACGGCCCCAGUGAUGCCCCAGGCCCUGUUCCUGAGAUGGCCACAGCGGAUGGGGACAAGCUGGAAGCAGACUACAUCGAGAGGUGCCUGGGCCAUCUCACUCCCAUGCAGCAAAGUUGCCUGGUGCAGCUCCGGCACUGGUUACAGGAGACCCACAAAGGCAAGAUCCCCAAAGAUGAGCACAUCCUGCGCUUCCUGCGAGCACGAGAUUUCCACCUGGAGAAGGCCCGGGACAUGCUGUGCCAGUCCCUGAGCUGGCGGAAGCAGCACCAAGUGGAUCUCCUUCUACAGACCUGGAGGCCCCCAGCUCCCCUGCAGGAGUUCUAUGCCGGAGGCUGGCACUACCAGGACGUAGAUGGCCGUCCCCUCUACAUCCUGCGCCUGGGCCAGAUGGACACCAAAGGCCUGAUGAAGGCAGUGGGCGAGGAGGCUCUGCUGCAGCACGUGCUUUCUGUCAACGAGGAAGGACAGAAGAGAUGCGAAGGAAACACGAGACAAUUCGGCCGUCCCAUCAGCUCCUGGACCUGCUUGCUGGACCUGGAGGGCCUCAACAUGAGGCACCUGUGGCGGCCGGGGGUGAAAGCCCUGCUUCGGAUGAUCGAGGUGGUGGAGGACAACUACCCCGAGACCCUGGGCAGGCUGCUCAUCGUACGUGCGCCCCGCGUCUUCCCGGUGCUGUGGACGCUGGUCAGCCCCUUCAUCAAUGAGAACACCAGGCGGAAGUUCCUCAUCUACAGUGGCAGCAAUUAUCAGGGCCCUGGUGGCCUGGUGGACUACCUGGACAAGGAUGUGAUUCCUGACUUCCUGGGAGGAGAGAGUGUGUGUAAUGUUCCAGAAGGAGGACUGGUCCCCAAGUCCCUGUACCUGACGGAGGAGGAGCAGGAGCAGGCUGACCAGCUACGGCAGUGGAGUGAGACCUACCAUCCAGCCAGCGUGCUCCGAGGGAGCCCCCAUGAGGUUGCCAUGGAGAUUCCAGAAGGGGAGUCUGUCAUCACCUGGGACUUUGACAUCCUCCGAGGGGAUGUGGUGUUCAGUCUGUAUCAUGCGAAACAGGCACCCAAGCUCGGUCCUCAGGAGCCUGGUGUUAGAGCCAGUGGGCAGUUGAUUGAUAAGAGCUGGGUCCUGGGGGUACAUUACAGCCGCGUUGAGGCACCCCUCAUCUGCCGGGAAGGGCAGAGCAUUCAGGGUUCCCAUGUUACUCAGUGGCCUGGCAUCUACCUGCUCCAGUGGCAGAUUCACAGUCCCCCUGAGAGUGUGGCCUGCAGUCUCCCAGGCGUCGAUGACGUCCUGACAGCUCUGCACAGCCCAGGCCCCAAGUGCAAGUUGCUGUACUACUGUGAAGUGCUGGCAUCUGAAGACUUUAGGGGCUCCAUGUCCAGCCUGGAAUCCUGUGCCAGCCGCUUCUCUCAGCUCAGCGCCACCACCUCUUCCUCCUCUGGCCAGUCCCACAGUGGCUCCAUGGUGUCCAGAUAGCCGGCUGGUGACCUGCUGGCAGCCCAAGUGCUUCUGGCAUCAGGCAGUGUGAGGACGAGGAAGAAGCCGGUCCAGACACCUGGCACCAUGAUGGAUGCCGACGAGGCCACAGCUGGGGUGUGGGGACCCCACAGCAGGCAUCUGCCUCUCUACCUGUGUGCAGAGGGAGCCUCACGUCAUGCCUCCAGAGGACAAGGACAGACGCCCUCUACUUUUGAUUUUCUUUUUUAAGCCGAGACCUCAGGGACGCUCACCUCCUGUCUCCUGGAUCUGGAGUCUAGGACGGGACCAGGGCUGGCGCCCUCUCACCACUUGCUGUGCUUCACUUAGGUUGGCUCCCUCCACAGGGAAGCCUCUUCUACCACAGGAUCAUCAUUGUUCGGUGCCCUCCCCUGUCUCCCAGGAGAGAGUCCAAGGACACGUCUCUUCCCAAAGUUCCAGGCCACUUCUUAGAAACUCUCCUUAGCCUGCUGGGGCUUGGGGUCUAUUCUGAACCAAUCACAGUUGCAGGGAGAAUAGAGGACACCUGACUGCCAGUAGGGUCUAUUAAUCUGGACCAAUCACUGUGAUUUGGGGAUAGAAUGCAGUGUACUUAUUGGCCAGUCUGGAUUACAGGACCGUUUCUGGGGCCAAUCACGUGAUCUGGAAGGGGCAGGGUAAGCUGAAGGAGGAUUGGGGUGUGUAGUCAAUGAGUAUCAGGGUAGAUGACCAUUUUAGCAUUUGUGACUGAGCGCUGUUCAAGGAGCUGUGAUGGAGAGUCAGGGCUCUUAUUCCCUCAGGAAAUAACCUACCAUGAAUUGCACUUCUGCUUUUCCGCCCUGAGUUGAGGCGCACAGGGACGCCCAGGGCUUCUGCCUGGUUCCACGCAGUGAUGGGGUGACUCCAGCUCUUCUUGUUUCCCUCCAGAGGUGUCUUUACUUUCUAAAGCACACUGCGCCCUUAUGAGAUACAUAUAUUUAGAACUAAAAUCCCUUCUCUCUGAGUGGCAAGACACUCCAAGUCAGCCCAGAAGAACUUAGCUUAGGAGCGGUCGGGUCCAGCAUCUCAACAUGGUUCUAGGGUCCCCUGGAGGUGGAGGCAGUUGUCUCUGUCCUGCAGUUUCUCUGGCUCAGGGUUCUCCAAGGUUGACAGGACUUUCCCAGACACUCCAUGGGAAAGUAGUGGGUCUUCUUGGAGAUCAAGGACUUACCUCUUUUCAUUUCCAGGAUCCGAAGAAGGUGCGAGGUCACUGCUUGGUGAUUUUCCCCCAGUGGCCGCCUUUUUUGGGUGUUUGUGUUUUGCCUUAGAGAGUGGCACAGCACACAGAGAUCAGGAUUUCUGGUUUUCCUUAGCCCACACUGGUUUCCACUCCUACCAACCAGUGUGCUCACCUACACCACUGCCCUGGGUUUCUGCCUGACUGAAGCUCUGUCCCUGCCUCAGCUCCAGCCUGGCCCAGAAGUUCCUCAUUGUUCUGUUCUGUCAGCCUCAUUUAGAGUAGAGAUCUUUUCUACAAGUCCCCAGGCUGAGGGCUGGCAUCGGGCCGUGAAGCCAGGUGAGCAAGCAUGGCCUUUAUGCUGGCACCAGCCCCAAAUCCAGAGCAGUAGGAAAGGGUCCCUUGAAGGGAGAAUCUUCAACUGACGGAAAUUCUCUUCUGUUCUGCUCUCCAGGAAUAGCAAUGGAACACAAGACUUCAGCAGAGAGUGUGUGUGUGUGUGUGUGUGUGUGUGUGUCUGUGUCUGUGUGUCUGUGUGGGUUUCCUCCAGAGACACUGAAAACCAGCUGUCUCCAAAUCACCAAGAGCAAGUGGUGAUAUGUCUCAAUGGUCUUUAUUAUUUUGAUUAUGAUUAUUAUUGUUAAUUAUUUUAAUUAUUUGCUGUUCUUGCAGCACUGAGGUUCAAACCCAGGCCUUGGUAAUGCUAGGCAAUCACUCCCACUGAGCCACAUGUGAGACCCAUUUUUUUGUUUUUGUUUUUUGAAAUGAUUUUAUGUGUCCUGGCCUUGCAUUCUAUGUAAGGCUAAGAAUGACCACGAACUCCUGAUCAUUCUGCUUCUGCUUCUAAAACUUUGGGGCUGCUGGUGUGUGCCACUGUACCUAUUAUAUGAAGUGCUGGGAGCUGAACUCAGGGCUUCAUACCUUCCCGGCCCAUCUCAGUGAUCUUUACAUGAGCUUCUAGUUUGAGUCUCAAACCAAAGCUUUAACUCUAGAAGUGCUUUGGGGAGAAGCCGUCUGGAGGCCUUUGCACAUUUACCCUUCAGACACAGAGAACAGAGAGCAAUAGGGUCUGGGGGGGGGGCUUUUCCUCUCUCCCCACCCCCUACCAAAACCUUUGAACAGGGAAUUUCUUGGACCGUUAUUUGAGGUAUCUUGAAGGGGUCUUGGUGUAGGUUGGCUGGACCCAGCAGGGUUCUCAGCUACACCCAGGCCUCUUGACUCAACAUCUUUUUGCACAUUUGCCUCAUACCCUUUCCAUGCUGAGAGGUCGCCGACAGUAGCUCCACACCUACCCACUGGGUUUCCAGUGUCUAAGAGGAAGAUAACCCGAACACAACCUUCUGAAGGAUCCUGACUGGCCCUGCUCAGUCACAUACAUACUCUCAGGCAAGCAGGGCCUGGGGAAAAGGCAAGCCUUCUGGAGGAAAGCUGGGGCAUAGCACCAACAGAUGGCUGUGGUGGCAUCCACUGUGUCCUCCCACCCUGGCACUAGGAAAAGCCAUCAAUUAAAAAUAGCAAGAGGGUGCUGGGGAGAUGGGUCAGCGGGUAAGAUGGCCAUUGCACAAGCAUGACAACCUGAGUUUGGAUCCCCAGAAGCCAUGCAAAAGGCCAGUACCACAUGUGCUUGGUGGAGACAGGAGGAUGCCUGGGGCUCAGUGACUAGUCACUAUAGCUGAACUCAUAGUCAGCUCCACAUUCAGUGAGAGGCCCUGUCUCAAAAAAGAAAGGUGGAGAGCAGAUGAAGACUCCUGACAUCAAUCUUUGGCUUCCACACAUACAUAUGCAUGCAACACACACACACACACACACACACACACACACACACUCCCA